AUGCCUCACAGUAAACGUCGUGAAUAUACAGCAAACAAGCAGGAUGUUACAUACACAGACAUAAAGACCUGUAAGUCUUCACGGAAGCACAGAACACCUACAGCCAGGCAGAGCCUUGCAGUGCUGAAUGAAGAGCAGGUAAAAUAUGCAGAGCUGACAUUCCACAGAACACCUCAGGCCCGGCUCAGGAAACAAACUGUCAGAAGAAAAAGACAAGGCCCCAAAUUGACAGUAUGGAGGGUGGUAACCAGCAUGCUUGGAGCCUUGUGUGUGGUGCUGAUGACAACCAUGGGGAUCUUACUUCCAAAAUUAUUUUCAAGACAAGAAGAGCAACGCAGACAAACCUCACUUCAUCCUUUUCUGUGUCCUAAGGAAGAUGGCUCCUCCGAUGAUCUUUGUUCAUGUGACUGGAUUGCCUUUGGAAACAAUUUCUAUCAAGUUUUUCGUGGAAUGAAAACCUGGGCAGAGAGUCAGUCUGCUUGUGAGAAACUGAAUUCUCAUCUUGUGAUCAUAGACUCCAAAGAAGAACUGGAAAAUUUGUUAUUGUUUGAAAUACAUGGGUGGAUUCGUCUCACAAAGAAUGGAACCAACAGUUCCUGGUUAUGGGAAAAUGACACUAAAACACAACACACCUUAAUUUAUGAUUCAGAAAAGAAGAAUAAUAGCUGUCAUUAUCUGCGUGGAAACCAAUUCAUUACUGAUGACUGCUCAGCUAGGAAACCAUACACCUGUGAAUUUAAUACAAGGUGA